AUGUCGGCGAGAAAACUACAACAAGAGUUCGACAGGGUAAACAAGAAGAUCGCUGAAGGACUUCAAUCCUUCGAUGACACCUAUGAGAAACUUACAACGACGGAGCUCCCCUCCCAGAAAGAAAAGUUGGAACUGGAUCUCAAGAAAGAGAUCAAGAAGUUACAGAGACUGCGGGACCAGCUCAAAAUAUGGUUGAAUGACAGUGGGAUCAAGUUGGACAAAAGUGAAAUCAAGCGUAAUCGUACCCUGAUUGAGCAUGCUAUGGAUCUUUUUAAAGAACUUGAAAAGCUGCUGAAGAUUAAACAAUUUUCGAAUGAAGGGUUGGAACUACAACUGCAGGGAGUGCUGCUGGAGGAAGACCGCAAAAAGAAGCAGGCCUGCGAGUACAUUAGUACUCAGAUUGAAGAGUUGAACCAUCAGAACGAGACAUUAGAGCUGGAAUUACACCACACACGCGGAAAGAAGAAAACACUGAAUACUGCAGAAGCUGAAGACAUACGUGAAAAAAUUGAUCGCAAUAACAAUCAUUUAACUCGUUUGGAAACAGUGUUGCGAUUGUUGGAGAAUGAGGAAUUGAAUCCAGAGAAGAUCGAAUUGAUCCGCGAUGACUUAGAUUACUACGUUGAAAGCAAUAUGGAAGAUGACUUCGUUGAUUACGAUGACUUCUAUGAUCAAUUAGAGAUUGAUGAUACCCAUCAUGAUGUUCAUGGCACAUUAUCACAAGUUGAUCACUAUCAACAACAACAACAACAACAACAACAACAACAACAACAACAACAACAACAACAACAGCCGCAGUCGCCAGCUGCGCAACCUCCACUUCCCGAGCCCAAAAAAGAUGUGAAGAAAAAGGCAAUGAGUCCUCCGAAGGUCACGAAAAUUCCCGUCAAAAAUUCCACGGCUUCUAAUUUGACAUCGGGUGGGCUUCUGGCUUCACCUGUGGCGCCUAGUGCAACUAUCGCGGCUAUGGCAUCUAACGAUACAAUUGUGAACGAGGCAGCCCCUCUCAGCAAUAAUUUGUCGACCCAUACCCCAUCGGAGGUGACAUCAGUAGCGGCAACUCAACCCGCUCUGAAGCCGCCCGUGAGCACUACACAAGGCGCCAAUUUGUCAGCCGUGUCUUCGAAUCAAUCACCACCAGGCCUUGAUCCAGUUUCUUCAAGUACCCCUCCAAUCGUUGAACUGUCCACCCCCCAGGCGAGAUUGCAGCAACCGCUUCCAUUUGCUCAGAUCUCGCAUUUAUUAGAGAGUCUGCUUCUUCAUUGUCCCGACUCUAUCGAUGCCGAAAAACCCAGGCAAUACAACCCCGUCAACAUCCAUCCUCUGUCGAUAGAUUAUCCACAAGAGCCCAUGCUGGAGCUUAACCUGGCACGGUUGAUGCAGAAAUUUGAGGUGGACACUUUGCAAUUCUGUUUUUACUAUCUGGAAGGCCCCGACGUUUUAGCUCGGUACCACGCGGCGAAAGAACUCUCCAAGCGGGGCUGGGUUUUCAACACCGAGACUAAGCAAUGGUUUUUGAGAGAUACACAUGCCGCUAAGCGUGGAACCACACCGAAAUUGGCUGGAGACUCGAGUAAUCAGGAGGAGAAUAACUACAAGUACUUUGACUACGAGAACAACUGGUUGAUUCGCCGUCGAGAAAACUUCAUGUUUCCCAAAGAGAUCCAAGAAACUUUUUAG